UCAAUGACAUAAGAAAGGGAAAAUGCCAAAAUCGUGUAACAAAUUUUACAUAAGCCAUUAACUGACCUUUCUUUUAUUAGCCAUCUUGAGAAUACUAUAUAUAUCCCCUUCUACGCCUUCAACUAUACCAGUCCACAGGGAGAACCAAGAAAAGAAAACUAGUAAUCCAAAAACUUCAAGUUUUCAACAGAAAGCGAAUAUGAAGGGAAUCAUCAUUUCAGCAAUUGCAGUGUUAGCCAUGAUUCAGUUCAUGGUUGAGCCAGGACAGGCUCUUACUUGUGGUCAAGUGGAUGCUUCUUUAGCACCUUGUAUUCCUUACCUUACUCAGGGCGGGGAUCCGGGAGCAGCUUGCUGUAAUGGUGUGAGAGCGUUGAAAGGUAUGGCUCAAAACACCGCUGACAAGAGGGCUGCAUGUAAUUGUGUCAAGGCUGCUGCCAACCGGUAUGCAAACUUGAAGGAAGACGCUGCCCAGGCUCUCCCAACCAAGUGUGGUGUAACAUUGGACAUUACUGUUUCUAAGAGCGUCAACUGUGACCUGAUCAGCUGAGAUUGAGGUCAUUGAUGAUGACAGUGUGGAAGGAAUAAAGAGAGGAUGACUUCAUAUUUUGUUCUAUCUUUUUUCAAAUAAUAGUCCAAGUGAUGAGAGAACUACUGCUUGUAAUGAUCAAAGCUUUACUGAGCAUAAAGUGUUUCUGAAAUUUCCCAAGAUUAUUGAGCUGUGACAUGGACAAUUUGAUAGUUUAUUUUGGCUUCAUCAUCUUUCAAAAGAUUGAUCAUUUAC